CUCUACUCACACACGCACCCGAGCUUUAACAAAACUGUUAUUCCGCGAAGAAGUCCGCCAGCUUUCUCGCGUCGGCUCGAGGACGAGAAGAUAAAAGCUUCCUCAGUGCCCUUCUGAUCAUAACAGGUGACUGUUGAGAGAGUUUUUGUUGUUGAUUGUUAUUGCUCGUGACAUCCCGGAGAGACGUGGAGCCGGUUCACACUUGCCUCUGCCUUUUAACUAUCGCAAGCAUCACCGUCGACUUUCGUUUUUUUUUUUUGUUUUUUUUUGCAUUUCAUCUCCGCUCAUUGGUUUUUUAUUUUUUUUUAUUUUUUCCUGCGUGUCCGAGCGGGCUCCGAGAAGCUCCCAAGCCUGCAGACGGCCGCGCGUGCGCCCCGGGAUCUCUUCCUGAUCUCAAGUUUGACCGUGUUCUUAUGGAUAUUGCAACAGGUCUCGUGUCACUGGAGCGCCUCUCCGCGGCGGAACAGUCCGAGACGUGCAUCAUGCUGGACGGCAUAAAAAUGGAGGACCAUCCCCUGCGAUCGGGACAAGCCAUGCUCGGGGUCAUGCUCGGGAGCGACUGUCACCAUCCGUCCGUGUGUGAGGGAUGCCAGCGUCCCAUCUCGGACCGCUUCUUGAUGCGAGUCAACGACUCCUCGUGGCACGAGGAGUGUUUGCAAUGCACCGUGUGUCAACAGCCGCUCACCACCAGCUGUUACUUCAGAGAAAGGAAACUGUACUGCAAGCACGACUACCAACAGUUGUUUGCCACCAAGUGUAGCGGCUGCAUGGAAAAAAUCGCCCCCACGGAGUUUGUGAUGCGCGCCCUGGAGUGCGUCUACCACCUGAACUGCUUCUGCUGCUGCGUGUGCGACCGGCAGCUGAGGAAGGGCGACGAGUUUGUCCUGAAGGAGGGUCAGCUGCUCUGCAAAGUCGACUACGAGCGGGAGAAGGACUUACUCAGCUCGGUUAGCCCGGAUGACUCAGACUCAGAGAAAAGCGACGACGAGGAGUUGGAUAUCAAGCAGGAGAAAGGCAUAGGAGGCCAGGGGAAGGCGGAUGACAGCAAGGAUCCCAGGAGACCCAAAAGACCACGGACCAUCCUGACCACUCAACAGAGACGGGCCUUCAAGGCCUCCUUUGAGGUGUCCUCAAAACCCUGCAGGAAGGUGAGGGAGACGCUGGCCGCGGAGACAGGACUCAGUGUUCGGGUGGUGCAGGUCUGGUUUCAGAACCAGAGAGCUAAGAUGAAGAAGUUGGCAAGAAGACAGCAGCAACAACAAGAACAACAGAAUUCUCAGAGACUUGGCCAAGAGGUGAUGUCCAAUCGGAUGGAGGGGAUGAUGAACUCCUUCACACCGCUGGCUCCGCCGCAGCAGCAGCUGGUCGCCAUGGAUCAGAACGGUUACAGUACAGACCCGUUCCAGCAGGGACUCACCCCCCCACAGAUGCCCGGGGACCACAUGAACCCAUAUGGUAAUGAUUCUGCGUUCCACGACAUAGACAGCGACACGUCUUUAACCAGCCUCAGCGACUGCUUCAUGGCGUCGUCGGAUGUCAACUCCAUGCAGGCCCGCGUGGGGAACCCCAUCGACCGCCUCUACUCCAUGCAGAACUCUUACUUUGCAUCAUGAAAGAGAGAAGAGCGGGAAAAAAAAACGAAUUCGGCGAAGGAUAAACUGCCCAUCUCAACCCAUCGGCCAGGAGUUUCCACACCAACACGGACACUAUGGGAGAAGAAAGCUUGCGGGGAAAAAAGCUCCUGGUCAUGUGCUUACUCGGAGAGAGUGAAACCACUUGAUGCAGGACAGUGACGAUUCCUGGAGGAAAAAAAAAACACUUAAAUAUUGUUAGAGAUUAUUCAGUAGGAUUGCUUACCUGUCACAGGAGAUAUUAGUUUAUUCUUUGGUUAAAAUAAGAAAACAAGUAGAUAUUGAAGCCACUUAUUACACCCUAUCAAAACCAAAUGACACAGUGAAUUUAUACAGUGCAUGAUCAAUUGUAAACUAAGACCUUUUGUAAGCCCCGACCCCCUGGUUAAGAUGUGGUGUUCGGACUGUUUCUUCUUUACACUACAUGGAUUUCCAUGUUCACCGUUAGCAUUUUGAUCACUUUCAAUAGGUUUAGAUAUUGUGUUAAUAAUAGUAAAUAGGUGCAGCAUGUCUGCAAGAGUGACUGUACAGUUGUGUAUGUCUGAGAGUUUGUGGUGCGAAAGAAUUGCUUAGAAGAGAGAGAGAAAAAAAAAAGGAGUUGGACAGGUAGGAUCAGUGAAGUGUAAAUACUUUCCCCAGGCAAAUUGGAUGUGCAUGUAACAAAAUGGAAAACAUUCUAUUUAUUUAACUAUAACAGGCUCUUGAAGGUGCAUAUUAAACAUGAAAAGCUUUAUUUAAAAAAAAGGAGAGCAUUUCUUUCGUUGAGCAAUUAGUGAGUUCCUGAGUAUCUCAACUCAUCUGUAUGCCUUUUUGAUAUGAAGAUUAACCCUUUUGUUUUGUUUUUCCUUCAGCCAAGCUGUAAAUGAGCAAUGUUGCUAUUUAUUUCGUACAGACCAUAAACCUUUUGUUGUCAUUGUCAUAUGUGCAUUCUCAAAAUGUUAAAGUUGCUAAAUGACCAAAGUUGACUGGUUUGAUGAAUAAACAAUGUCUUUCUCCUGAUAACAUUA